AGCUAUUUGGGUGUCUCUCUCUACUUUUCUCUCUGUGCUCGAUCGAAUUGACGAUGGCUGCCGUCGCCGAUGGUGCCUCGAUGGGGGCCGUUGGUGGCGGCCGCUCGUGGGCUUCUUUGUUCGGAGUACCGGAAGAAGGUCGAUUGCAAUAUUUUUAACCAUAAUUUGUGAAUGGUUCCCUCAGGAUCCCAAAAUCUGUGAUUGAUGAGGGUGCAACGAUGGAGGAAUAGUCUGCUGGGACAGUUUCUGGGCAAGGCGCCGUUGCUGGGGGUUCUCCGUUCAUGGGCUAACUGGAUCUGGGGUCGCAAGGGAGAGGUGUGUGUCUCACGGUUUGGUGAUCAUCUCUUUAUUUUUCAAUUUCCAUCGGAGGAGGUGUAUAGCUGGGUUUUCGAAGGCGGGCCUUGGCACUGCCAGGAUAUCAUGUUAUGCUUGCGUCGAUGGGAGCUGGGAAUCCAACCUCUCAAGAUCGACAAUUCUGCAGUUCCGGUCUGAGUUUGCCUUACUGGUGUCCCAGCUGAGCUGGGCUCGAGGGAAGGAUUGGGGAGAUUGGCUAGUGUUCUGGAUAAGCCUCUAUGCUCUGAUUUACCUACGAGAAAAGGGGAUAGGGUUGGUACAUCUUUUGUUUGCGUGGAAUUGCCUGCUACUUCUCCUCUAGUUGAUCAAAUUAGUUUUACUCCAGUUGGGUCUGAGAAGAUGUUUGUGUCUGUUGAGUAUAGACGACUCCCAUUAAUCUACAAAUCCUGUUAGAAAUUUGGGCAUGAUUGUUCUAAGUCUAUAGGAGGUAAAACAAAGCAAAUUUGGCGAGUUAAGGAGAAGAAAACAGUUGCAUUAGAGCCUGUUGGGGGUUCUGGAAAGGAUAAGGAAAUAAUGCUGGUGAUUAAUCAGGUUGCUAAUGAGUCUGCUAUGGAAGUUGGAGCAAGUUCUAGCGUAGUGGGGAUAGAGACUCCUCCUGUUACCCCAAGUGCAUUUCCAUCUGAAGAAGCGUUUAGCAGAGUAGUGAAUGGGGUUAAGCCUCGUGAGGUGCAAGCUUCAUCUCCACCGCGAUUGGAAAACUCUUUUGCAGCUAUUUGCGCUAGACCACCAGUGAUAAUUAAACCAGUGCAUGCAAGGGUUGGACGCGAGGGUUUGCGAAGUGGAAAGGGGGUUGCCUUGGCAGCUCACCUUACGAAAUGAGUAUCCUUGUAUGGAAUGCAAGGGGCUUUAAUGGCCCCUUGAAACAUGAUUGCCUACUUGGCUAUUUGCGUAGGCAUCAUGUCCAGUUAUUUGUAGUAGUAAAAACUAGAGUACAGAAGAUAAAUGCUCAAGCGAUUCGAGAUAAGUUUGAGGGGUUCCAGUUUCUUGACAAUUACAACAAGAAUUCUCUAGGACGAAUUUGGGUAGCUUGGCGUGAUGAGGUGAAGAUCAGUAUGUUGGAAGAGGAUGAAUUCUUUAUACAUAUGUUAGUUUCAAUUGCAAACCGGGAUCAGUUCUUUUUUACAGUGGUUUAUGGGUCAAAUGAGGAAAGGCAGAGGGAGUGUAUGUAUGGCAGAUUGAGACUUAAAAGGGUGCAGGGAUUCCCAUGGCUGGUUAGUGGCGAUUUUAAUGCAUUUUUUCAUCCAAAUGAAGCAGUUCCUACUACUCCUAUUUCAUCAAGCAUGACUGCUUUCCGAGAUUGGAUAACUGAUAUGGAACUUUUGGAUCAUAAGACUAUAGGCCCCUUUCUUACAUGGUCAAACAGACAGCAAGGGAGGUCAAUAGCAAGGAAGCUUGAUCGUGUAUUAAUAAAUGAAGAUUGGUUAACUCGGUAUUCGAAUUGUGUUGUGGAGUUCAUUCCUCCAGAUUUUUCGGACCAAUGUGGCAUGUUAAUUAAACCUACAAUGCCUAAGAAGUCCUAUCCUAAACCAUUUCGGUUCUUUGAUAUAUGGAUUGAACAUGAAGCGUACUCAGAGAUUAUGGAGAAAGUUUGGAAUAAGCCAGAAGAUAAAUGGGUACUAGCGAGGGUUAAAAGGAAGCUCAAGCAAUCGAAAGGAGAACUUAAACAGUUGAAUAGAGACGCUUUCUCUGAUAUUGUAGGAAGGACUAAAGCUGCUGCUGAACGAAUGAAGAUUGCACAACAGGCUGCUCUUAUGGAUCCAUGUCUGACUACGUAUGAUGAGGAAGCAAAAUGUACAAAGGAGUGGCAAUUCUUUCAAAAAGCUGAGGAGAGCUUCUUUCGGCAGAAGUAUUGUUUCAAUUGGCUUACACUUGGGGAUUCCAAUUCGAGAUUCUUUCACACAUCAGUUAAAGUUCGCCAAGCACGAAAGCAUAUUCGAAUGCUUGUCUUGGAGUCAGGGGAGGAAGUUACUAAGGUUGAGGAGAUUUCACAAGCUGCGAUAGACUAUUAUCAAAGAAUGUUUGGUACAGUAAAUCCAGCCGUAUGCCCAGACCCAGUCUUUCUUGCUGAACAGAUAAGAAGAAAAUUGACUAAGGAGGAAUGCAAUUUUUUAUGUCAUCCUGUGACAGCCGAGGAGAUUAGGGUGGCUCUAUUUGAGAUGGAUCCUACAAAAAGUCCAGGCCCUGAUGGCUGAACUGUAAGUUUCUACCAGAAAAGCUAGCUAUUCAUUGGCAAGUUAGUGGUGGCAGGGGUGCAUGAAUUCUUUUCUAUUGGUCAACUGCCUAAAGGUAUGAAUGCAACUUCAAUUACCUUUUGUCCUAAGUAUCCCAAUGCUAUGACCUUGAACUAUUAUAGGCCUAUUGCUUGCAUAAACGUGCUCUACAAGAUUGUGUCUAAAGUUAUUUCAAAUCGAAUUAAGGAAGUGUUGCCUAGUGUAGUGAGUCUCAAUCAAUCGCCAUUCAUUAA